GAAAUGUAACAAAUUUUCAUUCCGUACUACGUGUAGACAAAUAUGGACUCAGCUGUUUUUCUGGUUAUUUUCUAGAACCUAACUUGGUGACAUUAACUUUGGACAUAAAGUGAAGAAUGAUUUAAAGUGAAAAUCAGAGUAAAUGAAGAUGAUUUAUCUUGGCAUGACCACGUUCGUUAUAAUUACACGCGUCAGCAUUAAAUUUACCUUCAUUCCCACACAAGUCAGGACUCAGAACAAAUCAAUAGUUUAGAAUAGUGUCAUGAAAGGAACAUUGCGAAUACAAAGACCCUACGAACAAAAUCGAACUUUAAAAAGUAUCUAAGCGAUGGAAAGAUAUACAGAUAUAAACAAGAACUUAUUUUUAAAAAAUCAGAUAUGUAAUAACACUGUUUGGGGCUACAACCUUUGUUGUUGUUGUGCUUCCCUAGGAACCAUAGCAUGACAUACAAACACGAGAAAUGUAUAAAAAGGCCCAGGUGUACUAAGUGUCUAGAUCCCCUUCAAGAACAGUUACAGCAUAGUAAGAUAAGUUGAAACACAUUUUAUUCAUUCAGUUUGAUAAUUAUCAAGUAGUAGUCACGCCAUGAGAUUCUAGACUUUGAGAAAGUUGUCAAUGCAAUGCCAAAUAAUAUUCAAUGCCCACUUUCUACAUAAUUGUGCUAUGACAUGCCAUUGUAUUUGAUUACCAUAAAAAAAACACUUUCGGGAUCUAUUAUUCUACUGACAGUGUUUGCACUUCAUUCGCCUAAAUAGCUCUACAGUAGGACGACACGGACAAUGGUUCAUCUGGUCUAUUUUCUACUCGUGUUUAUUUACUUCAUAGGGUCAGUAUCAGGGCAAUGUUCUGUGUCUACUUUAUGUUCAGUGUGUGAUCCAGGAGGUCGUGCUGUGUGUGGAUCUAUAUGUCCUAAAGAUGUGGCACUGCCAGCUAAUAUUGUUUACCUAAGAGUGGACAAUGGAACGUGUGAUGCCUGGGCAAGACAAGGUACGCUUAGACCGGAAUACUUCGGAACUUAUAAUGACCUGAAAGUUUUAAAUUUAACCCAGGCUCAUGUGGACAGAUUUCAGCCAGUGGCCAUGUUUACUUCGAUGUCAAAUCUUAUAGAACUUUAUCUGUCACACAACCUAAUUAGAAGUUUUUCUCCAACUGCAUGGACUGGACUGUCGUCACUAGAACAUUUGGAUUUAAGUCACAAUACUAUAAUGGGCUUUGUUGCUCAGUCAUUUUCAAAACUGAUCAAUCUGAAACAAUUAAAUCUUUCAAAUAACAAAAUCACAAUGCAGAUACCAGACACAGGGUUUGCUGGACUUGUACAACUGAAGACAUUAACUUUAUCCAACAAUCCCAUUUCAAAUAUUGGAUCAAACGUUUUCCAACCUUUGGUUAAUGUAGAAACAAUACAAAUGAACAAUUUAACUUUAACAAACAUUUCAAAUGGACUUUUGAGUAAUUUAAAAUCAUUGAGAACUGUGGACAUUUCCGAUAACACUAUAUCUUCAGUGGCGAAUGAUUUCUUGACAGGAACAACUUUAGAUUCACUAGAUCUGUCUAAUAAUGUGUUGACAUCCAUUCCAUCUGAUGCUUUCAAAACUUCUGCCACACCAGCCAAAGUACUGAACCUGGCUCACAAUAAAAUAACCCAGAUCUCAAGUACAGAUUUAAAAGGUAUUACAGCUAACAGAUUAGAUCUAAGUGGCAAUCCAAUAACUACAAUUGCUGGCGACGCCUUUGACGGAACAUCCAUCUCCUACAUAGAUCUAAGCAACACAGGUUUGACAUCUUUACCUAACUCUACUGAGGCGUGGCUCAAGGGGAGUAUAUCAACGAUAAACUUACGUAACAACAACUGGCAAUGUGAUUGUGAAACACUUUGGCUGGCUGAACUCUUGACCAUUCAGUCAAAUAUAGUCUCGCCAAUGUGUGGUGCUAACAACACUCACUAUUCUGGUCAACUUUUGUCCAGAGCGGUCAAUCAGAUGAGAUAUGACUGCAGAACUACACCUACAUCUAAUUCAACUACUGAAUCCAUUGCGAUACCAAUUACGACAAGUCAAACAUUCACAGAAAAUAUAGCAUGUGUUUGCGAUACCACAGCGUCACACAAUGCUUCGUUUGGGACGUUACCAAAUAGCACAGCGACCACCACUGCCUCAACCUCUGAGACAGAUACAACCACAGUGACCACAAAGACAACCACAGCUCAAAAUGACACAACUACCAUUUUCAACGUCACCACAUCGACCGCACGCACCAUCACCACAACCAUAAUAACGAUUACAUCCGAUUUCACGACCAUCGCGCCAGCCACCAGCGUCAGUUCCAGCACAACUUUCAUCCGCGGUCCAAACUGUCCAUCUCCCUGACGCUUCCCUGGUGUCCGUUUUAGUUAAUAGCCUUAAUGGCAUUGCUAUCACUCUCCUUAUUAUUUUCUCGUCAAGUUAUGUAUGUGUAAUGUGUAUAUCUAUAUAUAAAUAAAUAUUCAUUUUAGUGAAGUUAUGUUCAGUAUUUCCAUUUAAUGUGCGAGUUUUGAUUCCUUGACAGUGUUUUUGUGUGUGUAAAUGAAGUAAAGAUAUUAGCUAAAAGAAGCUAUUAGCUGUGUAAAACUGUACGUAUUGUCAAAGAAUCAGCAAUUUAAAAAAAAAGCGUCAACUAUAAGACACUAAGUAUAAUGGUAUUUAAUUUUAAAAAAAUACGGAUAGUAGAACUAGAGCUAUUUAUGUGUUACAUUUACUGAGACAAUCAUGGAAUCUUCAUUUAGACUUUCACAAUAUAAACUCUUGCUUCUAAAAUACUAAACUUCUUCCAACAAAAUCCUUACUUUUGGUUUAGUUGUUUGUUUGUUGACAUUCUACGAAAAUGGUGAACAUAUGUAAAGUUAAGUGAGUAAGUAUUCUAAUAAAGUUUAAAGCGGAUGUACAAUAUGCAUACACAUGUCCAUGUUCAUAUUCAAUGAUCUAUGUCGAUUAGGAAAUGUAAUGAUUUUAAGAAUCAAAAAGUCUAAAUAGCAAGUCUUAUGGCUAGGGGAAAAA